AUGGUGGGUAGUCACUACGUCGACGACGAGCGCGUCAGGGCUUUCCCUGAGGACAGGCAUUCGCGCGGCAUGCUUUGGUGGCAGGCAGCCAAGAACAUCAUUUGCCGCAAUGCAAGGGUCGAGAAACCGCUCUUACGCAUUCAGUGCCUGCUUCUUUCGACUAUCUUCCAACUCGGCCUUCCAAUCUCUGCUUCCAGCUCCUGGAUUCUUCUCGGCGGUGCCAUUCGGGUCCUGCUCGACGUGGGUGCGCAUCGAAAGCACACGGGAAAGAAGCUGGGCUUGUCCAGAAUCGAAGAGGAGACCUACAAGCGAGUCUUCUGGGUGGCUUACAGUCUCGAUCGCGAAUGUGCUGCGUCGCUCGGAAGACCCAUCAUGCUGCAAGACGAGGACAUUGAUGUGGAGCUCCCCGUGGAGAUCGAUGACGACUAUCUCUUUAACACGCCCGACUCAGAGCCGCUGCCCGCGCAGCCCCAAGACAAGCCCGCUCUCAUCAGCGGCUUCCUCUGCUCCUUACGCCUUGACGAGAUUGUGGGUCGUACGCUCAAGACGGUGUACGCGCUUCACAAGACCAAAAUCCGAUUCGGCAUCAAUUUUAAGGAUUGGGACGAGCGCUUGGUCUCUGAGAUCGACUCAGCGCUCAAUGAUUGGCUCGACACCGUACCACCGCGUCUGCGCUACGAUCCGCACGAGAGCAACGACGAGUGGCUCGUCCAGUCGUCGCUACUUUACUCCAAGUACUACAACUGCCAGCUUCUGGUGCAUCGACCUUUCAUUCCGGCCAAAAGGGGAGCUAGCGAAAGUUCAAUCCUCAACUUCCCUUCGCUUGCCAUUUGCACCAACGCGGCGCGCAGUAUCAGUCACUUGAUCACCAAUCUGAGAGAUCGCGACUUGCAUCAUCAACUCGGCAUUACCGUCGCUUUCCGAUCCGUGUCCGCUAGCAGCAUCUUGCUGAUGGUGGUAUGGGGAGCAAAGCGCAAUGGAGGCAAAGUUUCCAGCUCUGCUUCAAGCGAUCUGCGUCGAUCGAUCGAUGUGCUGCGGGCGAUGGAGGACCAAUGGCAAUUCUGUGGUAAAGCGGUCGACAUUCUCGAAUCAAUCAUGACUUCGACGCACGUCGUUGUGCCGCAAACCGCGUCACAGUCCGAGCAGGGCACCAAGCGACCGCACAACGGCGCUGAAGUGUCGGACGUCAAGGGGGAAGAACCGGACUCGACGGCGGCGGGAGGCGAUUCAUCGGGCAAGCAGACGAAAAAGGCGCCAAGGAAGACCCAAGCAACACAUGUAGGCAGUCGGGAAGGUCAGCCUCUGGCUCCCGAAGCAAGACAUUUGCCACUGUCGAUGCAGCAGCUGGCAAGUCUAACGCCACAAUCGAGUAGCGAGCGAUCGCCAUGCUUGGUGACGCCGGAGAAAAACCCUUUCCCACUUCCGUGCCCCAACAAUGAAGCUCAACCAUUCCAUGCCGAUCUAUUCGGACCCAUAACGCCACAGCCUGCACCACAUGUACGCAUGCCGUCGCAACGCGGCGCUUCCGGCAUUCCGUCAUCGUUAUCUUUUGGUCUCAUGACCCCCUCCUCCGCCGCACACUGGGGUCUUGCUGAAGCAGACUAUCUCAACGGACCGCAUUCGCAAGCAACGUCAUACCAUUCAGUUCCUGCAGUAACCCCUUCGAUCUUUGACAACCUCGGUUUGUGUGGCGGGAUCGAUGAUAUGAGGCGGGCCACUGCGGGCAACAUACCUGACAUGUGGCAGUCUACGUUUUCCAACAACCUUGUUGCAGCUGCCGCAGGGCUCGGCGAUAACGCCACCAGUGGAGGAGGUGGCAUGUUUGGUGGCAGUCUGGAACAGUUUUACGCCACUCAGGGUGGGGGCGGCGAUACUCCGCAGUCGGAUGGUAGUAGUGGGCUGACAAGUUAUGCUUUUGAGUUACUGCUGGAACUUGGAUGA